GGAAAAACGCAUUAUCAAUUCCAUUCCGGUCACUGACUUGAAGUCCUUGUGCGUAAUGGUUGUGAGAAUACGUCUUGCUUGUGUAGGUAGAAGAAACCAUCCUAUGUAUAAGAUUGUCGUUGCAGAUAGUCAUUGGCCUAGAGACGGAAAACAUUUAGAAGCAAUUGGCUUAUACAGCCCCAUAGCGGCAACCAAAGAGGAGCUUCAAACAAAUACAAAACGAGUUUUGCUUGACAUAGAAAGGGCUAAGUAUUGGGUAGCAACUGGUGCGCAACCCACAAAGACUGUAUUUUAUUUAUUUGCUUUAGCAGGAAUCUUGCCAAUGCCACCAAACCCAGUUUUAUGGCAACAAAAAGCAAUUGCGAGAUAUGAAGGUAUUAGCGUAGACGAACUUGGGAAACCAGUAAGCAAAGAAUCUUUAGAAGACCUUCAAAGAACGACAAGUGGACAAACCAGUAACACUACUUAAAAAAACUUUCUAAAAUAAAGUAAUAUAUUGGAAA